AUAAUAUAAAAAUGUUCAGGAGAGAUUACAAAAAGCAAUUUAAUUUAGCAAAAUAUAAAUACCAAGCAAAUCCAGCUCAUAUACAGAGCUUAAGAACUUCUCAGAGAGAUCCUAUUAAGACUGUAGCAAUGGCCGCUAUUUGCUUUCUUACUGCUUACACAUUCACUAAGAGAUAUUAUGAAGCUCCACAUAACCAUAAAGACACAACAAAGCCAAUGACUCUUCUAAACGGAGAGUUGCAUCCAUUCGAGAUUCAGCCAAAGAGUGCAGAGGGAAUGCCAGUUUACACUAAGCACCUAAACAACUCCUAA